UCUAACAUCACCUUCAUGCGUGUCCAAUCAGAGACGAUAGCUGGCAGCCACCGCCAAGCUUGUGUGCGGAGCUUGUGCAGGCAGGAAGAGACGAGAAGGGGGAGCUUGUUUUUCUUUCAGUUAUCAUUAAUAACAUGAACUUGAACUUCACAGAACUUAAUUAUAGCGUCUCUUUGAACAGGAGGCAUAUUUGUUCAUAACUCGUUUACAGCAGCUCCACUAUGAAUAUUUGCUUAUCUAUGUAGCUGUGAACAUGCGUUAUUGGUAGAAGAAAGGAUAAUUAACGCAAAACUAAUGAUGAGAAAAACAUUGUUUUGGGGGGUGAAAACAGUGCUUCUUAAAAUGUUUUUCUGUAUUUAGACAUUCAAGUAAAUGUUCUUAAUUUAAACGUGUUUUGUAAAUAGGCUGGCUUGAAUUGAAGUUAAUUAUGCGUUGUUGACUCAAGCUGCUGAAUUAUAUUAUCCAGUUAUAGCGAAUGUAAUCGGAAGUUAAAUUAAAUUUAUUUUAAUUGCACACGUGGAUAAUCUUGCGUUGAAGGUUUUGGUUUGUGAUUUAAUUUUAAAUAGUUUGGGACAUUUCUGUUCUAAAUAUUAUAGCCUGUUAAGAAGCGUAAGACGACCUAGUUAGAUUUUGUGUAACGUAGAUGUAGAAUUGCGCAUUGAGAAAACGAAACUCUUUGGACAAGUUUUGGAAGUAACUUUUAACCUCGCGUCACCUGGUUCUUACACAACACAAAUGGAAAUAUCAAGCUUGUGAUACUUCAAUGUUUUGGUGCCAAAAGAUUGUUCUGUAGCUGCAUAACAUGGCAUUCAAUAAGAUGGCAAAGACUGUUGGAAUAGCAAACAUCAAUGGAGACUUGAAAGCAUUUCUAGACCAGAACCAAAACCUUGCCAGAAGCAAUAUUUCAGUGGUUGCAGUCCCAGUUUCUUCUAAUUUGUACUCCUCAGCAAAGAUUACUUUAGCACCAAUAAAUGUGAAUGUGGGACCCCAAAUGAUUAUAAGCACACCUCAGCGAGUACAGAACUCGGGCAACAUUCUCAUUGGGAGUCCAUACACUCCCAAUUCAACAAUGGUUACCCAGAGUCACAUAACAGAAGCAUCAGGGUGGGUUCCUGGGGUCAGAAAGCGCACUCAUGAAUUUAUAGAAUCUGAUUUUUCAGACAGUAAAAGAAUGAAAAAGGUGGGUGAAAAGAAUGGGAAAGGACUGAGACAUUUUUCAAUGAAGGUGUGUGAAAAGGUGCAGAAAAAAGGAACCACCACAUACAAUGAAGUGGCAGACGAACUUGUCGCUGAGUUCACCAACUCAAGCAGCCUCCUGGCUGCUGAUUCUCAGGUUUAUGAUCAGAAAAACAUUAGGCGCAGAGUUUAUGAUGCUCUGAAUGUACUCAUGGCUAUGAACAUUAUCUCCAAGGAGAAAAAAGAAAUAAAAUGGAUUGGGCUCCCUACAAAUUCUGCUCAGGAAUGUCAGAAUUUAGAGUUGGAAAAACAGAAAAGGAUGGAGAGAAUUAAACAGAAACGGUCCCAGCUACAAGAACUGAUAUUACAGCAAAUAGCUUUUAAGAACUUGGUGCAACGAAACCAACGGUCUGAGGAACAGAACCAGAGUCCUCCGCCACAAAACUCUCUGAUCCAGCUGCCUUUUAUCCUUCUCAACACCAGCGUGCGCACUGUCAUUGAUUGCAGCAUCUCUAGUGACAAAUGUGAAUACCUCUUUAAUUUUGACAACACGUUUGAGAUUCAUGAUGAUAUCGAGGUGCUCAAACGGAUGGGAAUGUCCUUUGGCUUGGAGUCUGGAAAAUGUUCUUCAGAGAACCUGAAAAUUGCAAAAUCCUUGGUGCCAAAGUCUUUGGAAAGCUAUGUCACAGGCAUGACUGCUGGACCAUCCUGGUUAAAUCACGACCAGUUUACUGGUAAUUCAGAACCGACACUGACAGCCUUGGUCACUGGAAGCACUGCCUCCACAGCUCAUAUAAGCUCAAACCCAGAACUUUGUGCCAACACUGAAGUGGCCUUAACAACCGGACAGUGCCUGACCCGCAGCAGCCGUCAGUCCAGUAGCACAACGACAUCCCAUUACUCAGAGUCGCGUGGAGAGACGCCAUGCUCCUUCAACGAUGACGAUGAUGUCGAGGAUGAAGAUGAAGAUGAAGACUCCUCGUCUCCAGAAUAAGUAGAGAAGAUGACUGGGAAGAAGAAAUUAAGCUGCUUUUCUGGUUUAUUUUAAGCUGUUUGUCACCAUUCCCAGUUUGUCGUCUUUUGAAAGCUAUGUGUUCACAGUAUAGUUGAAAGACUGCGGUUUGAUAGUAAAAGUAUUAAAGUGCAGUAUUUAGAAAGUAAGGACAUUAUCAGGGCAAGCAAAUACCAAACUGCUCCUGUAGUUAGAGGACAGGGGUGGGUGGGCAGAAGGGGACAAACCUAAAUAUAUCUCCUGAAGGCUUAAAUCUGGUAUUCGCAUGUCAUAAACUUCUCAUAAUUCCCCUUACAUUCAAAAUGAGACAGAUUGUGGAGUCUUCUGUUUAGUUUGUAGUUGUAUAAGUAUUUUUAAGGAACAUUUACCUGACUGUCUUUUGACUUCUUAAUUCUGACCUAGAAUCUUUUUUAUUUUAUGUUUUAUUUUUGUGCUGAUUUAAUGCUGCUUUAUUGUUUGAUUCUUGUGUCCUCCCUUAAAUCUUCUAUAUUAUCUAACAAAAAAACUAAACAAAAGAAUGAGGGGGAAAAAUCACUCAAGAUCAAGAAUCCCAAAACCAGGGGCUUCAAACUUCCUUUUAAAAAGAAAGAAAAUCAACCAUUUGAAGAAAAGAAAAAAAAAGGAUUUUAUUAAUAUUAUAAUGAAUAUAAUAUUUACAGUAUUUCUUUUGUUAUCAGUUGAAAACUUUUAUUUGUAUGUGUCAGAUUAAUAUUUGAGCUAACUAGUCUGUAGUGUGUGAAAAGAACCCUAUAGUUAUGCAGCUAUGAGUGAAACUAAUUAAAAUACAAAGGUGAAGCUUAAUCUGGAGGGUUUUGCUGUGUUCUCCCCUCCUUCCUCCUUGUUCUUUUAUGCUAACUCCAGACCUUCCUGUACCCCAUUGCCUUUUCUUUUGAGCUGGCAACCAAUACAUGUUAUACUACCCCCUCUCUUUUUUUUUUCUUUUGUUCCCUGUUAAAACUGUUUAAGAUCAGAAGCUUUUCUCAGAAACAAUGCACAGAUUUGCUGUUUUUCAAAAUUCAUGUGUGUGUACCUGCUGCAAAAAAUGUAAAUGUAUAAUAUAAUUUUUUUCCUUUAAAAUAUGAUGUUAUUUUUGUAUUUAGCACAUUUAUACACCUCUUUACUCCUUAUCAGUCUUAUAAAUCACAUUUUUACAUGUUGACCUGAAAUGGUUAAAAAAAAAAAAUAAUAAUAAUAAUACAGAACAAUAAUAAGUUCUGUCCAGUAAUGUGGCACAGAAGUUUAUUUUUUCAAACCUGAUUUUGGAUUAGUUUAUGUAGUUAAUGUAUUUUGUUUUCUGUGAAAUGUUAUUAGGUAUUCAAAACAAUGUCAUGUCAUAUUUGACAGUGAUCCCAUGGGAAUCCAUUUGAUGGUAGUUGUGUGACAAUGCAUUAUGGGACUUUGAAGGAAAUGGAGUCCUAAGUAACUAGUUUCUACCGAUAUUGUUGCCAACCAGUGGACUGCUUCUUGCUAAUAGCAAGUUGGCACAUCCUGGUUAAACCUAUCCAUAUAGAGCUUGGGUGCCCAAUUAUGGUCCUGGACAUUCCCCUUCAGGUUUAUUAUAUACAGUUAAAAAAGUAAAUACUUUAGGGCUUUGAUGCAGUUUUAAUUGGUCCAGUUUACAUGAAAAAAAAAAAUGUAUAACAUGAUUGAAACAGAGAGCUGCAGUGGAAGGUUUCACACCCCUGAUGGGUAAAAGAAAAUUUAAUUCAAUUUUUUUGGUCAGCAAAUUAUUUUAAUGAACACUGCAGAAUGGUGGCACUAGUAGGAAAAACGAUCUUCAUUGGCUUAAUUUGUAAAUAGUAGCCCGUUUCUUUUUCACACUAUUUUUAUACCAUGUUAAUAAAAGCUGUACUGUAUUUAA